GCCAGUGGAUCAGAGGGAAUGGAGAAUGAAUGGCUCGUUGGUUUUAUCUUAGGAGAGGAAGAAGUCAAGAAAAGUAGUGCUCAUUUCAUUCCAUGGAGGAAAGGAGGUUUAUAAAAUAUGUAAAGGGUGGGUGUCAAGAGGAUGGAGUCAGGCUCUUCUUGGGGGUGCCAACCACUAGGACAAGAGGCAGUGGACAGAAACUGGUGUUCAGGAAGCUCCACCUGAAUGUGAGGAAGAACUUCUUUAUUGUGUGAGCGACCAGGCACUGGAACAGAUUGCCCAGAGGAGCCAGUGAUUCCAAAGACUGCCUGAUCAUCAUGGCUCGUGCUACUAUUUAUGUGGGUUGCACCGUUCCUCAAUUACUGAGAGGUGCUCAGAGCAGAAUUUUUCCCUCUCAUUCUCCAUUGGGGGUGUUGAGACACUCUGCUUUUUGUUACUGCACAGGGAACGGCACAAUAAAAUCAAAAAGGAAAAUGGAUCAUCUAGAGAGGACAGCAAAUAAUUUUCGACAGGAGGUAAUUACACAAGCAAAAGUGUGUGGAAUCACCAAUGAAUCAGAGACAGUCAAAAGGCUUCGUUUGGCAAUUGCAAAUAAGGAUUUUACUUUCAAAGCAGGACAAUGGGUCGAUUUCUUUAUUCCUGGAGUAUCUGUAGUUGGGGGAUUCUCAAUAUGUUCAAGCCCUGGCCUGUUAGAACGAGAAGGAAUACUAGAGCUGGCAGUAAAGCACACUGUUCAUCCUCCUGCUCACUGGAUUCACACUGAGUGUACUCUUGACUCAGAAGUGGCUCUGCGAGUGGGAGGUGAUUUCUUCUUUGAUCCUCAGCCUGGUGACUCCCCAGUAAACCUAGUGCUGAUAGCAGGGGGUGUUGGAAUUAACCCAUUGUUUUCUAUACUGCUGCAUAUAGCAGAUCUUCAUGGAUACCAAGAGGGUAAAGGAAAUAGACACAAAUUGGGAACAGCGAAGCUGUACUACAGUGCAAAAAAUACGAGUGAACUCUUAUUUAAGAAAAAUAUUCUUGGUUUGAUGAAGGCGUUUCCUGGAAAGAUCACAUGUUGUUUCCACGUCACCCAACAGCGCUCACAGAUCUGUAAAGAACUGCAGCCACACAUUACAGAAGGAAGAAUAUCUGAAAAGGAUCUAGAGAAACAUGUAUCUAAUGAUACUUCAUGGUACAUCUGUGGUCCCCCUCCAAUGAUAGAAUCUAUAUCCAAACUACUCACUAACAUUGGUGUUCCUAGAAACCGUGUUUUCUUUGAGAAAUGGUGGUAGUGACACCUGCUGAAGAGAAAAUGAUAGUAUUUUUUCCAGUGCAUUUUGAUAAGCUAAAAUGUACAGAGAUGGACUAUGAAUUAUUUUGAAGAUUUUAAUGAAGAUGUUCUCAAUGAUUAACUGUAAUACGCCUGAAAUACAGUGCUGCUGCUUUGGGGAAAGAAAAGUGAUUUUAUAUUAAAGACAUUAACUGUU